AUGAGCAACUCCGGCAGCCUUGCUCACUCUCACAACAAAGGCUCGCGGCAAGAGCAAGGCAUGGUCGAGUAUUCCGCUCCAUUGUCGCGUCCUCGACCUGCGACGCGUCUCACCCAAGGGCAAGCUGGUCAACCUGCGCCGCUCACCCCACAGGAAUCUGAAGAGAUUCAACAAGAUGACAUCCUCCGGGCCUCCUGCUGGUUCGGCUUCGAACUGAGCAUCACGCAUCGGCCGCCUCUCUCGAAGCCUCUGCAGCUUUCGCUACUUGGCAGCAUCCACCGCGAUACGAUAUGUCAGGCCCUGGUUCUACGCAGCCUCGAUGAAGAAGUCGCCACGGAAUACCUGGACGAUUUAAACAGUCAGCGACAACUCUGCUUCACACCCACUAGGGCCCCGGAUAUUCCACCUCGAUAUCCGUUUCUCGUCAUCCAAGGAAAAGGCAUAUUCGGCGGGAAAGCCAAUGGCCUCGGCACACUACCAAACUUCUCGAGCCGGCUGCUACAUGGUCAACUACCAACAACAACAACUCAUGAAGGCGUUGAGAAACAGCUAGUUCGUUCCUGGAGAAAAUGGUAA